CAGUUAGGAUUUAGAGAGCAACCCCCUCCUCUCUCCCUCUCCCUCUCUCGAAACCUCACUUCGCUUGAAACAGAAAAGCUCCCGUUUUUGUUUCUCAAACCACCCAUAGUUUGUUUUCCGGGAAAAUUACUUCACCAUUAAAUUGUCACUUUCCGGGAAAAUUUUCUGUACCAAGAAGUUGUUACCUUGCUCCUCAACCGCCAAUACCGAUGUUAACUUAGAUUCAGAGCUCGUGAGAUCUGAAAAACAAAGCUAUGAACCACAAGGUACUGAAAAUGAAGAUGUAUUUUUGACUUUUUUGUUCAGAAGUUGUACAGUUUCAGAUUUGAAUUUGUGGGGGAAAAAAUAUUGUUCUUAUAGUUGUUUUGGACAUUGAUUUCAACUAGGUAUUGAUAUAAAGUGUUUUUGGCUUGUGGGUGGUUGUUGUUUUUGUUAGUUUGGGCAUAGAUUUCAACUGGGUAAUUGUUGUGGUUUUGGUGGUUAGAGAUGAAACUAGAGGUGGGUAUGGGGGGUUUGGUUUGGAGUGAUGAUGAUAGAGCUAUGGUGGCUGCUGUUUUGGGCACUAAGGCUUUCGAUUACUUGAUGUCGAGCUCCGUCUCGGCCGAAUGCUCGUUGAUGGCGGUGGGGAGUGGUGAGAAUUUGCAGAACAAGCUUUCCAAUCUGGUGGAUCGCCCAAGCGCCUAUUUUAGUUGGAACUACGCGAUUUUCUGGCAAAUUUCGCAGUCCAAAGACGGUGAUUUGGUUUUAGGAUGGGGGGAUGGGUCUUGUAGGGAGCCAAAAGAAGGGGAGGAAUCUGAAGUUACCCGAUUUCUCAAUUUUCGGCUUGAGGACGAGACCCAACAGACGAUGAGGAAGAGGGUACUUCAGAAACUUCAUACAUUGUUUGGGGGAUCUGAUGAGGAUAGUUAUGCAUUUGGAUUGGACAGAGUGACUGAUAUCGAAAUGUUCUUUCUAGCAUCAAUGUAUUUUUCAUUCCCUCGCGGGGAAGGCGGUCCGGGGAAAUGUUUUGUGUCCGGGAAGCACGUUUGGCUCUCGGACGUGUUGAAAUUGUCAUCUGAAUAUUGUGUUAGAUCGUUCCUUGCAAAGUCUGCUGGUAUCCGAACCAUUGUUUUGAUCCCAACUGAAUUUGGGGUAGUUGAAUUAGGUUCAGUGAGAUCCAUACCCGAAAGCUUAGAGUUGGUGCUGUCAGUAAGAUCAUCUUUUUCAUCAACUGUCAAGGCCAACCCAAUGGCAGUCGUUCCAGUUCCAGUUGUGAGCGAGAAGAAAGAUGAACAUGCCCAUUUUUCCAAUUUAGGUGUUGGAGAGCGACCAAAUGGGAUUGCAAAGAUUUUUGGACAGAAUUUGAACUCAGGUCGUUCCCAAACUAGGGAAAAACUUGCUUUUAGAAAGGGUGAGGAGAGGCCACAGGAAGCAUACACAAAUGGGAAUCGGCUUCCAUUCCCAAACACUCAAAGUGGACUACAUGGUCCGGGUUGGACACAAUUCCAUAGUGUGAAGCCGGCAAACAAUCUGCACGAGCUCGUCAAUGCUGUUAGGGAUGAGUUUCAGCUUAACCAUUACCAGCCUCAAAAGGCAGCACGGAUGCAAAUUGAUUUUACAGGAGGCACCACUUCACGGCCUGUGAUUCCUGGUCCAGUUAGUGUUGAGUCCGAGCAUUCAGAUAUUGAGGCUUCUGUCAAGGACGAGCUGGCAGUCCUGGCUGACGAAAAAAAGCCUCGGAAACGGGGACGAAAACCUGCAAAUGGAAGAGAAGAACCGCUAAAUCACGUGGAGGCAGAGAGGCAGCGGCGAGAGAAGCUGAACCAAAGGUUCUAUGCAUUGCGAGCAGUUGUACCCAAUAUCUCAAAGAUGGACAAAGCCUCACUGUUAGGAGACGCCAUAGCUUACAUCACUGAGCUUGAGAAGAAGCUCAAGGUCAUGGAAUCAGAGACGGAAAAUCUGGGGAAACCAUCAAGAGAAUCACUGGAUUUGGAAGCCAACCCAAAUUCAGAAAAUCAAAACCAAGUUCAUAACAUCGAAAUCCAAACUACUCACGAUGAAGUUGUUGUUAGAGUUAGCUGCCCUUUGGAUACCCACCCGGUUUCAAGGGUCAUCCAAGCAUUUGAAGAAGCGAAAAUCACUGUUGUCGAGUCAAAAGUUGCCACAGGGAAUCACACUGUGUUUCAUACAUUUGUGAUAAAGUCUCAAGGAUCCGAACAGAUCACGAUGGAAAGUUUGGUUGCAGCAUUUUCUCGCGAAUCAAACAACUUGCAGCCUCUAUCAUCUGUUGGGUAAUAUCAGAAUCAAUCUUUGACAUAGUUUCUAGGAGAAAUUUGUUUUGAUACACAGCAGUUUCAGCUAGAAGUAGAAAAAAUAACUACCUAUUGAAGUAGGACUCAAUUUUUGUGUUUUUGUUUAUAGUUAUACAUAUUCUGUUAUAGGUACUUUUGCAAGAUUAAAUUAUUAAAUUUUAUAAUUUCAAAACCAA